GGUGCAUGUAAUCCACCGCCAUAACGAGGUCAACGUUCGCAAUGACAGACUCAUCCGCAGACUUCACUUAACGUUUGACAUUCCCAAAUGUCGCCCAUCUCCAGUGAAGGCAUAAAGAAAUCGUUACUCAUAGCAACUCUCCCCAGCCUCGAUGCACCACAUUUCCUUGCACCCGUGAUAGCAUCAGCUGCAACGGUGACGAGCCAGCGUCUGGUUAUUGUUCUACUUUCACCAGCCUUUGACCUGCAUCGUGUUGUGAAUAGGAAGGAAACUAAGGACACAGAACAGGCAUUGGAAAUCUCCCGCACAGAAAAGUGGGAUGCGGUGCAGAGGCUAUUGACAUUUGUAUAUGUUCAGGCAACCAAAGUAGCUCAGGACCUGGGCAAAGUUCUGAUGGAUAUCGACGUACUUCUUCAUGACCCCAAAGAUACUCUUCCAGGACAUGUAGCAGACAGAGUGGAUGUGGUUUUUCGAGUCGAGGGAGACAAUGUUUUCACCGUUCUCCCACAAACACUAAGUUCAGUGAGAGAACAGUGGAUAGCCCCUGCUGAAGAAGUGGUAACGCGACCCGAGAUACCUGCCUCCACUACAUCCCUUCAACCGUCCUAUCGUGUAGUAGCUCUCGGGGGAACGUUUGAUCAUCUACAUGCAGGACACAAGAUUCUUCUGAGCAUGGCUGCAUGGAUCGCAAACGAAAAAGUCAUCGUCGGUGUUACUGACGACGUUCUCUUGAAGAACAAGGCUAACAAGCAUGUUCUUGAAGAUUUGUCGACACGGAUAGAAAGAACUCGUGCAUUCAUGAAGCUUUUUCGAUCUGACCUCGAGUAUGACUUUGUACCCAUACGAGACGUGUAUGGUCCAACCGGAUGGGAUGCAAACAUUCAGGCUUUAGUCGUCAGUAAGGAGACCCUAUCCGGCGCCGCUUCCAUUGCCAAAGAACGUGCUUCCAAAUCCUUGCCCUCGCUACAGACCUUCGUGAUCGAUGUAAUUUCAUCGAAGUCAGAGAAACUCGAUCAUGAGGAUGUCGAGCUAUUGAAACAGGCAAAGAUGAGCAGUACGUUUAUUAGGGAGUGGAUCGUGAAGAAUCAAGAGUCCGAUCCCGCAAAGAGAGACUGAAUCUUUUUCUAGUCUCACCGAAAGAAAUUAAAUGUGUACGUUGCAAAAGCAGGUGUCUCCGAUCGUCGACAGUUGACAAGUCUAGGGCUGUGUUGUAUGUAUAUGGACUGGUGAUAGAUCGCAACCUGUGUGUUUAUCAGAUAAAAUAUGUAGACUGUAGACUUCAUAUGUUCGGGUCCGAUCACGUUCCGAUUACCGAGCACUGCGUCGCGGUAACUUGACAUAUACGGCAACCUUGUCCUCCU